AUGCUCAUGCUCAUGUCUAAGAUGUGGGCACAUGAGAUGUACACUUUCCUGACGGGCCUUGGGACGAGCUCAUUCGGUGCUAAAUUGCAUGCCAAGAUCUUCCCAAUUGCCUACAGCUGGGUCCCAGGUGAUGGUUGCCACAUGUUGCCACUACUAUGCAGAUACUUUGUUGCUGGCAGGCGUGCCACUAAAGAACCAAAGGUUUUGCAGCGGGUUCACAUAUACACUUGCACUCACUCUUUUGAGACACUUUCAGAGAGACUACUCGUAUCGGUCCUGGCUGUUGACCCAGCACAAAACAGUGCUGUGGUCUAG